CCCAAGAUGGUAGAUGUGCUCCUGAGCAGCACAGUGUCAGCCUCAGGGGCAGCCCUGCCUGUGCCUUCCUCCCUAACUCUGGAGCAGAAGGCAGCUUUUGUCUUUGUCUUCCUGCUCUUUAUCUUUCUCGGCCUGCUGAUUGUACGUUGCUUUCGCAUCCUGCUGGACCCCUACCGCAGUAUGCCCUCCUCCACAUGGGCUGACUACAUGGAGAAGGACACCUUCUUCGACUACCGCAUCGUUUGA